AUGUCGCGUCCGUCCCCGACGCGGGUCUCCUUCGCGUCCGUCACCCACAACAACCUCGGCACUGUCCGAAAGCUCAACUCCGUGCUCUUCCCGAUCAAGUACAGCGAAAAGUUCUACAAUGACAUCGUCCUGCCCGAGGUAGAGGACUUUUGCCAACUCGUGUACUACAAUGACAUUCCGAUUGGGACCAUGUGCUGCCGCAUGGAGACUCAGGGAGAAGAGACGAAGCUCUACCUCAUGACCCUCGCAGUCCUCGCGCCAUACCGGUCGCGAGGGAUCGGCGCCCGUAGCCUGCAGCAGCUCGUGGACUCGGCCGCGGCGUACACGCCGCGCAAGAUCACGUCGAUCUACCUCCAUGUGCAGGUGUCGAACGAUGACGCGAAGCGGUUCUACGAACGCCACGGCUUCAAGGAGGUCGGCUUGUACACAAACUACUACAAGAAGAUCACGCCCCACGACGCGUGGAUCCUCCAGCGGGAGAUCGAGCCGGCGGCAAAGCCCGCAGAUUCCAAGUGA